AUGUCAGUUGAACCAGAAACAACAAGUGUCGAAGUUUCCAAAACCGAGGAAGUUUCAGUUGAUUCCACCAAGGCAUCUGACGUAACCAAAACUGGUGAAGUCAUUGAUGUUGAAAAACUACAAGCUGAGUUUCAAGAGUCUGCGAAAAAAUAUUUGGUAGAACAAACAGUUCAUGUCAUUAUUCCAUCAUUUGCCAAAUGGUUUGAUUUGAAUAAGAUCCAUCCGAUCGAAAAGAAAUCAUUCCCUGAUUUUUUCAAAGAAAAUCCGUCUAUUUACAGGACACCAGCCAGUUAUAAGUACAUCAGAGAUUUUAUCGUAAACACCUUUAGAUUAAACCCUAAAGAAUAUUUAACUGUUACUGCUGUUAGAAGAAAUUUAUCUGGGGAUGUUUCAGUUAUAAUAAGAAUUCAUCAAUUCUUGGAAAAAUGGGGAUUGAUCAACUAUCAAAUUGAUCCAAAAACAAAAUCAACACUCUUGGGACCACAGUAUACCGGCCAUUUUCAAAUCACAUUGGAUACUCCACAAGGUUUAGUCCCUGCAAUUCCAGAGAAUGCUACAUUUGUGAAUAAUAAACAAGAAUCAGAAACUUUACCAACCGAUGAAGAGCCUGAAAAGAAAUCUGGUACCAACGAUAUUGGAUUGCCUUUGAAUUUGGAAAUUAGAAGAAACAUCUAUGCAACUGCGGAAAAGAAAACAAAUUUCAAGACAAAUAACAUUGUCAAUUAUUCUUGUAGUAUUUGUGGUAAAGACGCUACUGAAGUUAGAUAUCAUAAUUUGAAAAUAAAGUCUUAUACACAUAACCCAACAUCAAACAUAAACAAUGCCAGUGUGUUGUGUACCAUUUGUUAUGAUCAAGGUUUAUUCCCACUGAAUUUCCAAUCUUCUGAUUUUGUUCAAUUGCAUAAGGAGCAAGAAGGUGCUGAAUGGAAUGAACAAGAAAUAUUAUUGUUAUUGGAAGGUAUUGAAAUGUUUGGUUCAUAUGAACCGGCUACUGUUAAUGGUGCAUCCAAUAUCCAUGCUAAUUCGAACAAUCAAUGGGACAAAAUAAGUGAACACGUUGCUUCUAAGACGAGAGAACAAUGUAUACUCAAAUUUAUUCAGUUACCGAUUGAAGAUAAAUUCUUGACAAAAUUACUAAAAGAAGAACCAAUUGGAAAAGAUCAAGGUGUUUCGGAAACCUUAGUGCAAGAUAUUGUUGCAAAGUUGGUGUCCACACAAAAUGGGCAAGAGUUUAUACUGGCAAACGCAGAACAAAAUUUGAAACAGGCACAAUUGGAACAGACUGAUUUGAUUAACCAAGUAAUUGAAUUGACUUUAGAAAAAUUUAACGCCAAAUUGAAAAAAGUAGAUGAAUUACAAGAUAAUUUAAUCAAACUUGAGAAUCAAUUAAAUUUGGAAAGAAAACAAGUUUUAGUUGAAAGAUGGGUACAAUUUGAAAAAAUUGAACAAUUGAAGAAAUCCAAGCCAGAAUUAGCAGAUGUAUUGAAUGAUUUAAUAAAACCUGCAAAAAUAAGUGAACUUGCCAAAGCAGUUAACCAGAAUAAUUCAUCUGAAAAUGGUCAAGAUAAUAUGGAUGUUGAUGAAAAUAACGAAGAAAGUGACCAAGACGAGUCUAAAUUGCCAGUUAGCAUAAGUCAACCAAAGGCAUACCAAUUUUGGUCUGGUUAA